AACCUCCCAAAACAAACCCGGGCCGUCUCUGAUCAGUGAUCGAUACCCGGGCCGUCUCUGAUCAGUGAUCAGUGAUCGAUACCCGGGCCGUCUCUGAUCAGUGAUCAGUGAUCGAUACCCGGACCGAACCGGCUCCGUCCGACCCGGAACCACAUGGACUCUACCAGAACACGAUCAAAUAAACUGAAUCUACCGGAUCCACUGGUUUCUACUGGGAACACUGGUUUCUACUGGAUCUACUGGAUCUAAGAGGAUCCACUAGUUUCUACUGGAUCUACUGGAUCUAAGAGGAUCCACUAGUUUCUACUGGAUCUACUGAGUCUACUGGACCCGUAGGUUUCUACUGGUUUCUACUGGGAACACUGGUUUCUACUGGUUUCUACUGGGAACACUGGUUUCUACUGGUUUCUACUGGGAACACUGGUUUCUACUGGGUCUGCUGGUCUCCUGUCGGUUUAUUCCAUCGGCGGGCGUCACAGGCGUUCCUCUGACCUCCAGGCUGCGGUGACCUCUGACCUCCACCAUGAGCUCCAGGGUGUGCAGGACCUGCGGGGGGGGGGACAUCGACGUGGACCAGGCCCGGGGCAGCGCCGUGUGCACUGGCUGCGGCUCGGUUCUGGAGGACAACAUCAUCGUGUCGGAGGUCCAGUUCGUGGAGGGCAGCGGGGGCGUUUCUUCUGCUGUGGGACAGUUCGUCUCCGCUGACGGUCCAGUUAAAGCUCCUCUUCUGGGUUCUGGUUUCCACACCAGUGUUGGGAAGGAGUCUCGAGCCCAGACCCUGCAGGGCGGGAAGCGUCAGAUCCAGCAGCUGGGCAGUCAGCUGCAGCUCAACCAGCACUGCCUGGACACGGCCUUCAACUUCUUCAAGAUGGUCGUCAGUAAACACCUGACGAGGGGACGCAAGACGGAGCACGUCAUCGCCGCCUGCCUCUACCUGGUGUGCCGCACCGAGGGGACGCCGCACAUGUUGCUGGACCUGAGUGACCUGCUGCAGGUGAACGUUUACAUCCUGGGAAAAACCUUCCUGCUGCUGGCUCGGGAACUCUGCAUCAAUGCUCCUGCCAUCGACCCCUGCCUGUACAUCCCUCGCUUCGCCCACAUGUUGGAGUUCGGUCUGAAGACUCACGAGGUUUCCAUGACGGCUCUUCGUCUGGUUCAGAGGAUGAAGAGGGACUGGAUGCACACGGGACGCCGUCCCUCAGGACUCUGUGGAGCAGCUCUCCUGGUUGCUGCUCGGAUGCAUAAGUUUCGUCGUACGGUGAAGGACGUGAUCAGCGUGGUGAAGGUCUGUCAGACCACUCUGAGGAAGAGAUUAACAGAGUUUGAGGACACGCCCACCAGUCAGCUGACCAUCGAUGAGUUCAUGAAGGUGGAUCUGGAGCAGGAAUGUGAUCCGCCCUCCUUCACCGCCGCGCAGCACAAGGCCAAGAUGCAGCAGCUGGAACACGAGCUGGCCAAGAAGCUGGACGAGGUGGAAGGAGAGAUCAGCUGCUACAAGGACGAGAUCGAGACCGAGCUGGAGAAGAGUCGGCCUAAACUGAGAGGGAUCUACGCCGCCUACGCCAAGGAGAUCGACCCUGAAGACGAGGAGGUGUCGUCGUCGACCUCUGACCCCGAGGCGGCCGAGGUCGAGGACGUGGAGCUCCGAGCCGCCGCCGAACAUCUGACGCAGGACUUCCUGUGUCACGUGAUCCAGGAGGAGGAGGGGGGAGGGCAGGGCAAGAAGACGGAUGACGGCGAGCAGGAGGCGGGGCUAGAGGCAGAGGGGGCGGGGCCAGAUGCAGAGGGGGCGGGGUCAGAUACAGAGGGGGCGGGGCCUCAGCGCCAAGCCGCCCCUCUGGCCGCCAUCCUGGGGAAGCUGCCGACCGCCGCCUGCCUCCAGCAGACCUUCCAGACCUUCAGCGGGUCCGAGUCGGGCGAAAAACCAGAAGAUGAGCAGUCGGAGAGCGGAGAGCUGGACCUGAAGGGGAUCGACGACCAGGAGAUCGACAAGUACAUCCUGAAUGAUCGGGAGGUGGAGGUGAAGACGGAGCUGUGGAUGAAACAGAACGCAGAAUACCUGAAAGAGCAGAAAGAGAAAGAAGAGAGGAUAAAGAAGGAGAAGGAACAGGGGACGUAUAAAGAGAAGCCGAAGAAGUCCAAGAAGAAGAAGGAGACGGCGGCGGCGGCGACGGCGAGUGAGGCGAUCGAGAGGAUGCUGGAGAAGAAGAAGAUCUCGAGUAAGAUCAACUACGACGUCCUCCGGGACCUGAACAGCCGCGGGACAGGAAGUCCCAGCAGAGCCGACGCCCCCGAGCCCGAUCCCGCCGCCGCCACCGCCACCGCCACCCGGAGGAAACUCACCCGCCGCCGCCGCAGGAAGACCAGCGACACCAACAGGGACCUCGCCGCUAACGCCAGCAUCAUGGGCAAGAGAGUCCGCCUCCUCCUGUCUGCCACACCAAAGAAGAAGAAAGCCUCCGUCCAGGUAGAAAACCCCGUCACCACGACAACGACAGAGGCUGCACCUGCGGCGCCUCCUGAACCUGCUUCUGCUGUGGUGGAGGAGGAAGAGGAGGAGCAGGAGGAGGAGCAGGAAGAGGAGCAAGUAGAGGAGGAGUGUGUUAGCGCUCUGCAGCUUGUAGGAGAUUACGGCUGUGAAGCGGAGGAGGAGGAAGUCUUCUAACGCCGUCCUGCUGACCUUUGACCUCCGGUGAACCCACUGUCCGUCCCCGGAGAUGGAUCAAUGAAUCAAUCACCAAAAUCAUGAUCACUGAAGCUGAUUGACUGAUUGAUCACUGUUCAUAUUGUAAUUAGAUUGUAGCUUUUAGAUGUUUUUUUCUGUAUUUUUAUAAGAAUGUAAAUAGAAAUCGUUUGUUGUUUGUUUGUUUGUUGUGUGUUUUUGUUGUAAAAUGAUGUCUUC